CAGUGUGAGCCACCCUUGCCUGGCAAUGCAUGUUUUCCAAAUGUGUUUAUUGAUGUGUCAUUUAAUAUAACAAAGCUCUUCAUUAAUUUUUUUUUUCACGUACACCAUGUGUUCUGGUACCCACGGAGGCCGGAAAAGCAUAGGAUCCCCUUCAACUGGAGUUGCAAGCAGCUGUGAGCUGCUCCCUAUUACAUGCUGGAAAUCUUCACCUCAGUCUUCCAUACCCAUUUUUAAGCAUGUCUUUCAAAAUUAAGGACUUUUUGUUCUGUUUCUUGCUGACUGGCGAUACCAUUAUCCCGCCUCCAGUUUUUAAUUUCCAGGUAAACUUUUUUCUUAGGUCCUAUCUGAGGCUAUCAGAAGUAAAACCUGCGAUCUCUGGGAUUGCAAGCCCAGGUCUCAACGCAACAGUCCGUUAGGCAGUGGGAUCCGCCCCUUAGCCAAUCCGCAGGCCCCAUCUGGCUCGGGGCGGGGCCGUCCUGGCGGGACGGCGGCGCGCGUGCGCAAAGAGCGCGCCCUUGGAGCCACCGUAUCUCGCGCUGUCACGUGGGAGUCCGGUUGUCAUGGCGGCUGUCCGGAAGCCGGUGCUGCUGGGACUUCGAGACGCGGCGGUCCAGGGCUGCCCCAAGGGGCCCGCCGCCUGGACCGCUAGCAAGCUGGGCGGCGUCCCGGACGCCCUACCGGCCGUUACGGCUCCGGGGCCGCGGUGUGGCGGCUGCGCGGAGCCGCUCGCGCUGGUCGUGCAGGUGUACUGCCCGCUGGAAGGCUCCCCGUUCCACCGGCUUCUGCACGUGUUCGCCUGUGCCCGCCCGGGCUGCGGCGGCGGCGGCAGCGGGACGCGCAGCUGGAAGGUGUUCCGCUCCCAGUGCCUGCAAGUGCCAGAGAAAGAGACUCUGAACGCCCAGAAACAGGGUAAUGGCCUUGCAGCUGAGAACUGGUGUGAAGGCUCACAGGACUGGGGCAGUGACAGUGAGGAGACACCUCCACCGCCACCCACCUCAGAUUUGGGAAAUGAUUCUAAUGGUGUCAGAGCUGUAGACUGGACUGCACAGCUCCAGGCUCUCUGCCUGCAGGACAGUGCCCCAGCUGUUGCUCACCCUGUCCCUUCAGGGGAAGGGCUGGCGGUCCAUGCUGAAGUGCCACAGUUCCAGCCCUACUAUAUCUGUGUCGCCGAGGAGGAGGAUUACGGGAACUCCGUGGAUCUUGAGCAUGCCCGCAGCCUUCUUCAGGACUACCAGCAGAGAGAAGGUGUUGACAUGGAGCACCUGCUUUCCCUCUGUUCUUACAGUGAUGGGGAUGAGAAAUAUGAGAAGACCAAUAUUAAAAGUGGAGACCAAACGUUUUACAAGUUCAUGAAGAGAAUUGCAGCCUGUCAGGAGCAGAUUUUGAGGUACUCGUGGAGUGGAGAGCCUCUCUUUUUGGUCUGUCCCACCUCGGAAGUCUCUGAGAUCCCAGCCUGCAGUGGCUGUGGAGGCCAGAGGACGUUUGAGUUUCAGCUUAUGCCAGCACUAGUCAGCAUGCUCAGCAGUGCUAACCUAGGUCUUGCUGUGGAAUUUGGAACAAUUCUCGUUUACACAUGUGAGCAGAGUUGCUGGCCUCCGAAUCAGCAGACUCCCAUGGAAGAAUUCUGUAUUAUACAAGAAGACCCAGAUGAAUUUUUAUUUAAGUAGAACACUUCCUCUUAUUUAUACAAAUUAAAACAAAUUUUCAUAUUCAAA